CCAACUUACCAGCAGUUUCCGCUUCAGAAGCCAGUUCAACAACCUAAACCACAGUUUCCGCUUCAGAAGCCGGUUCAACAACCAACUUACCAGCAGUUUCCGCUUCAGAAGCCAGUUCAACAACCUAAACCACAGUUUCCACAUCAGAAGCCAGUAGUGCAGGCAGAUCCCCUUGAUAAAUGUGCUGUAGCUGAUUCCGAGCAGAUCCAAUGUGGUCUACCUGGGAUCAGUGGUGCUGAGUGUGAAGCUAUUAACUGCUGCUUUAAAGCACAGCAGUGUUUCUAUGGGAGGGCAGUGACUGUCCAGUGUAUUAGAGAUGGUCAGUUUGUGGUAGUGGUGUCUAGAGAUGUUACUCUGCCUCGACUGAGUCUGGAUUCUGUUCAUCUACUGGGUGGAAACGACCCACCUUGCGCUCCUGUGGGGUCCACACCUUCCUUUGCUAUAUACCAGUUCCCUGUGACCGCAUGUGGCACGAGCGUGAUGGAGGAUGGCGGAUAUGUGGUGUAUGAAAACAGAAUGACCUCAUCGUAUGAAGUGGGGAUUGGACCAUAUGGUUCCAUCACAAGGGACAGUCAUUUUGAGUUUCUCUUCCAGUGUAGAUACUCUGAAACUUCUGUGGAAGCUCUGGUUGUGGAGGUCAACUCUGUUCCUCCACCUCCACCAGUAGCUGCUCCUGGACCUCUCCGGGUGGAGCUCAGACUGGCCAAUGGCCAAUGUGUAACCAAAGGCUGUGCUGAAGGGGAUGAGGCCUACACGUCCUACUACAGUGACGCUGAUUAUCCCAUCACAAAAGUCCUGCGAGAGCCGGUGUAUGUUGAGGUGCACAUUAUGGAGAGGACUGACCCCAACAUUGUCCUGAUGCUGGGACGCUGUUGGACUACUUCACCCCCAGUCCACUCAGUCUCCCCCAGUGGGACCUUCUGAUCGAUGG